AGAAAUGUUCUAACAUUCUAUCGUUCUCUCCGGUUAAGAUUUAUCAAAAACCCUACUUUAAUUUCCCCACAAAAACCCCCACUCUAUCUCUCUCUCUCUCCCUAAAUUAUAUGUGAAAUCUAAUUGAAUACCAGGAGUAAUCAAUGUCUGCAAUAGUUCGAUCUAGGGUUUUUUCUACCGUUUUGAAGAACAAUCGACGCUUUUCAUCGAACGUUACUACAGAUCCUCCCAGAGAACCAAUUAUCUCAUCUUCAUCUACCCUCAACAAUCAACCUCCACCACCUCACACUUCGCCUCCUCCGCCGCCGGAAACUGGAACAGAGAAGAAGCCAUGGAGUUUUCUCAAGUACGGCCUCAUUGCAGCUCUCACUGGCGGCGUUGCUUCUGCUGGUUACGUUACCCACGCUUAUACAUUGGAUGAGGUGGAGGAGAAGACAAAGACGUUGCGUGCAUCCGCAAAUUAUACCAUAGGGGAUGAUGAAUCUGCUCUUGAUAAAUUUAAAGGUUUGCUCUAUUCUGCUGCGAUGACAGUGCCAGCCAAGUCAGUUGAACUUUACUUGGAUCUAAGGAGGGCGAUCGAGGAGCAUGUUCGAGGUUUUACCGAACCAUCCUCAGAUAAGCUCCUCCCUGAUUUGCACCCUAUGGAGCAGCACGUGUUUACACUUGUGUUAGAUCUUAAUGAGACGCUAAUAUACUCUGAUUGGAAGCGUGACAGAGGCUGGCGAACAUUCAAAAGGCCUGGAGUUGAUGCCUUUUUGGAACAUCUAGCUCAAUUCUAUGAAAUUAUAGUGUAUUCGGACCAAUUGAAUAUGUUUGUUGAUCCUAUUGUUGACAGGUUGGAUACUAAGAAUUGUAUACGAUUUAGGCUAUCAAGGGCUGCAACUAGAUAUCAAAACGGGAAGCAUUAUAGAGAUCUUUCAAAGCUGAACAGAGAUCCUUCUAGGGUUAUUUAUGUGAGUGGUCAUGCACUUGAAAGUAACCUUCAGCCAGAAAACUCCAUACCAAUUAAGCCGUGGAAGCUUGAAGAAAAUGAUACAGCACUGUUGGAUCUUAUCCCGUUUCUUGAAUAUGUUGCUCGACAUAGACCAGCUGAUAUCCGUCCUGUACUAGCCUCUUAUCAAGGGCAUGAUAUUGCUAAAGAGUUCAUUGAGCGUUCCAAAGAGCACCAGAGGCGGAUGCAAGGGCAAAAGCAGCAUAGCCGUUUUUGGAGACAUUGAGGUCCGAGUUAUGUUGGAUUAUUAGUUGUCGGGGUAACUGUAGGCCAUUUUGGUGAAAGAAACGGAUGAAUUGAAGACCUGUCAAAUUGUAAACCAUUUUUUUUUUUUUUUUUGUGUAGGUCAAUUUUUGUUUGAGCGAAUAAUCUGUUAGUCUAAUAGUCUAAUGACACGUUCAUCUCACUACAUCACGCCCCAGAGAAGAGUUUUUCACCUUCAAAUAACAUUUUUUUAGUUCAACAUGUUUUCUUUAAUUGUUGUAUAAUGUAAAAUUAGGUUGACCGCUGUAUAUGACGGUUCUUUUCUACUACUCAAUUGAGUUGCUAGAAAUCCACUAUUUUUCUCUUUC